CCCGGCAAUCAAAAAUGGCUUCAGUGGCAGCUGCUGCACUAGCUUCGCUCUCUUCUUCACUCUCUUCUUCACUCUUCUCCAAACCCUCACUCUCUCUCAUACCCAUCCGUACACUCCCUCGCAUCACCUGUUCCCUCUCUACUUCUUCUUCUUCUUCCUCUCUAGAGUUCAACAUCACCUUCGCGCCACCUAAGCCCAAGCCCAAACUCAAACCCGACUCCGCAGAGCCCGACCCGGAGGCUCUCGCCGGCCAGCUCAUCAUCCCGUGGAUCGUCCGCGGCGAGGAUGGCAACCUCAAGCUCCAGUCGCACCCUCCUGCGCGUUUCCUCCAGGCCAUUGAGACCAAGAGCAAGACGAAGAAGAAGAAGGAGGGCGCUGAGAAGCGCGUGCCCACAGCUGAGCCCAAGUAUUCAAAAGCCGCUCGUAGGUUCUACAACGAAAAUUUCAGAGACGCUUCGCAGCGGCUCAGCAAGGUUCUCGCUGCUGCCGGAGUGGCGUCAAGGAGGAGCAGCGAGCAACUUAUUUUUGAUGGGAAGGUCACUGUGAAUGGCUCUGUAUGCAAUACUCCUCAGACUCGAGUUGAUCCUGGAAGGGAUAUCAUAUAUGUCAAUGGAAAUCGGCUUCCAAAGAGACUGCCUCCAAAGGUUUAUCUUGCCCUUAACAAGCCUAAAGGGUACAUUUGCGCAUCUGGGGAGAAUAAAUCUGUGUUGAGUCUAUUUGAAGAUUAUUUGAAGACUUGGGAUAAGAGAAAUUCCGGAAUACCCAGACCACGACUAUUUACUGUUGGCCGUCUUGAUGUUGCUACAACUGGGUUGAUCAUUGUGACUAAUGAUGGAGAUUUUGCUCAAAAAGUAUCACAUCCUUCAUCAAACUUGUCAAAGGAAUACAUUGCAGCAAUAGAAGGUGUAGUCAGUAAGCGGCACCUGUUAGCCAUCAGUGAGGGAACAGUCAUUGAAGGCGUCCAUUGCACCCCAGAUUCUGUGGAGUUGCUACCACAACAGCCAGAUAUGUCAAGACCCCGUUUGCGUAUUGUGGUUCAUGAAGGGAGGAACCACGAAGUACGAGAACUAGUGAAAAAUGCUGGACUUGAGAUACAUUCAUUAAAGCGCGUACGCAUAGGUGGUUUCAGGCUUCCAUCAGAUCUUGGGCUUGGAAAACACAUGGCUUUAAAACAAGGCGAUCUUUCUGCCUUGGGUUGGAAGAGUUAGGAAGGUUCAUUGGCUGGUUUUCCUGUAAGUUAGUGCAUCUUCAAGUCGCUGUCAGGGACUUCACCAAUGUAUCAAGCCGGAGCUAUUGAAUUGCCCCGACCCCUUUUUCAGGCAGUAUUUGGAUAUGCUUGGAAGGAAUCAUCUUGUUGAUUGGUUGAAGUUUAUGUCUCAGCCGAUAACAGGAUACAAGCCAUGCUCAUUGCAGGUGUUAGAGCUAUGUAUAAACCCCAGAAGUGUACGAAUUGCUGGGCAGCGUAGUCAUAAUCCGGGGUGCCACACCUGAUUAACCAGUACCUCUAACCAAAAUGGUUGUUUUUCUGUUCAUAAUCAUAUGCUGUUUGCCACAAAAUCAGAAAUUGCGAUGGACUUCACUUAGAUUAAUUGUACAUCAAAGAAAAUGUCACCUCUUCUAGAUUUUUGUAGUCUCUGGUUGUUGCUAUUGAUAGAUUGGAUUUUUCAUCUGAACCAUUGAUGAAAUUCAAAUCAAUUCCUGUGAUUCUUCUCUUUUUUAAAAAAAAAAAAAAUCACCAAACAUA